AUGAUCAAGAAGUUAAAGACCUGUCGAUGCUCCAUGGACGAUUCAUUCCUAAGCCACGUGGCAGCGCCAGCUCUCGAGGCAGUCGAACUUGUUGACAGAACCUUUGAGGGCGACUUCAGCCAGGCAUCUCCGUGGCGGGGACACCCUUCUCCUGAGCGCGAUGCCGCCUGGGACUACCUUACUCAUGAUGGUGGUGUGAAUGUGCCCCUGGAGAAUCUGCAUGCACUGAACAAGUCCCCGGAAGUCGACUGGGAACGAAGCGAUCCGGCUUUUGGCGGGGGUGCUGUUGGGCUAUUGGAAGUGUUUCACCAGCUUCACUGUCUUCCUAAGUAA